AUGUCCGUGGAGCACUGGAUGUACUCAGACAGGUAUGGACGGGACGAGGAAGGUGCUGGUGGUGGCAAAGGACUCACUAACUUCAUGGACAGCACCUUUCCCGAGUUCCAGCGUCACGAAGCAGUGGCGGACCUGAAGAAUUGGUGGACUUCGGACGAGCCACGGAUACUGGUGGUGGGCCCGUCCUCGAGCAGCAGGGCGGCGAAGGCCGUGGACUUCAUGCCGGUGCUGCGAUUGGCGCACGUUUGGGCGGAGUUCUUUAGUUUUGCAUCGGCCGAUGCCAAACUCGUUGCAGAGACCCUCGGCUCCCAGUACACGCUUGAGCGGGGUCAGACAUGGGCGUUGAUGUUGCACAGCGGAGGUGACGUCAGCAGGACCCAGGUCCGAAAUGUGAGGGACAUGGCGCCCCUCAUCCAGGACUUUAUCUCUGAGCAGAUCCCCCGACAAGCACCUGUCGCGACAGAGCGCAACUUUCAGCAGCUCUGCGGCGACCGAGCGCUCAGUCAAAGCACGAGCAGAACGUACUGCUUGAUCCUGGUGGACAGGAAUGCGGAACAGACCGCAGCUUGA